CUGCAGGCCACGCCGCUGAGCGGGGCGGAGCUGCACGUGCGCACUACUGAGCAACUCCAGCUGCCGUUGGAAAAUGGCGGCUGUCGCAGAGCUGAAGGCUGUUUUAAAGGACACCCUGGAAAAAAGGGGGGUGUUAGGGCAUUUAAAAGCAAGGAUCCGUGCUGAAGUUUUCAAUGCCUUGGAUGAUGAUCAUGAACCCCGACCAUUAUUGUCUCAUGAAAACCUUCUAAUUAAUGAAUUAAUUCGGGAAUAUUUGGAAUUCAACAAAUAUAAAUAUACAGCCUCUGUCCUCAUAGCAGAAUCUGGUCAACCUGUAGUUCCACUGGACAGACAGUUUCUCAUCCAUGAACUAAAUGUCUUUGAAGAAUCAACGGAUAACACAAUCCCUCUUUUAUAUGGAAUUUUAGCUCAUUUCUUGCGCAGUCCUCCAGAUGGCAUGCAGAAUGCACUUCGGACAGAGUCGGCACUCCAGCCCCCAAACCUGAGUCUCGACUGGCAGCCAAGUGGAAGAAAGCCAGUGGAUGAUCACCUGGGGAAGGAGAGGCAAACAAGUGCCAAGACUGAGGAGCUUCACUCUUCACAAGCAGUCAACAGAUGACAUGUACACUGGAUCUGAUCUCAAACCUGUCUGUGAAGUAACUUAUUUAUUGCCCCAGUGCUAUCAAUUAAACCACUAUUAUUUGUAAGCAUUUGAAUUACUGCAAACUCUCAGCCCCUGGUGUUUUACUGCAUUGUGAAAAGCUAACUGCCAUCUAGCUUACUGGAUGCUACUAGAAAGAAAAUGUUUUGUUUUCAGGAUGCAUUUUAAAAUUUCUUAAGUUUGAAAAGUGAAACAGCUUUUUAGUACUUUGUACAUUCUUUUAAAAAAGCCAUCUCUAAGGGCUGCGGAUGUGGCUUGAUUAGAGCACUUGCCUAGCAUGUGCAAGGCCCUGGGCUCAGUUGCAGCACAAAAAAAUAGAGAACAUAGGCACAGGUCUUCAUCUGUGAGUUCUGAUCCAUGACAUGCAUGCUCAUUAAACUUCCUUCAGUUGUAAUUAUAUGGAUCUGUGGAAUCAUUCUUUUUUUUUUUUUUUUUUUUUUUUUUUUU